AUGGCGUCUUUCUGCCGCUCCGCCGCCGCCGCGGCCAGGUCGGCGGCUUUCCGGUCGAGAUCCCGCAUCACGAAUCCGUUCCCGGCGACAAGGUCGCCCGUCGCCGCUCCGCGGAUCCGCAGGUCCGCGGUGAAGGUGCUCGCGGGCGCGGAGUCGCUGAUGCCUCUCCACAGCGCGGUGGCGGGCGCGCGGCUGCGGUCGUGCAUCGCGGCCGACUCGUCCUGCUGGAGCUGCCUCUCUCAAGGUUUGAUCAAGCGCAUCUGAUCAUGGCUAGGAGUAUAAUGUUAAAAGGCGUGGCUCACGUGCUCCUGUCUCUUGUUUGAAGAUAUUUUCUUUCCGCUCUAAAGAGUGGUGUGUGCCAUUUUGUGUAUUAAUCAAAUUUUGUUGAAAAAAGUUGUAGAAAUAAUCUAUUCGUGACCUAUUCAGAACUAUUGUUUAAUUUAUCUAUGCAGUGACAGAGUUAUCUCAGUUUCUUCACACAGUGUUUGUUUUGUGGACACCUUGUUUCAUUGCACUAGCUGAUAUUAAUCAUUUCCCAACCUUACAAGUAUUAGUAUAUUGGGUUGUUUGUGUGCUUUUGGAUGAUCUUAAGUGUGCCAUUCCUACAAAACAGAAGUAUCGACAGAUUACAAAAACCCAGGUCAAAAUCGUGCCGUGGUGGACAUGCUUACAAUUUCUUUUGGCUAUUGUUCUUCAUUCGCUGUUUUCUGAUAUUCAGUAGGGAGCAUUCUUCUUUUUUCUUCUCUUCUCACUUAGCUUUGUUCUUUUGUUUUGAAACAACUCAUUAGACUUUGCUCUACCUCGGUGACAAAGACUGAAGGGAGGUGGGCAUCCUACUUGGAACAGCACUCCAGAGGGAUUAUGUUUUCCUGUUAUAGAUGCUCGGCUUGGCGAGUUCACAGCUACAGAGAUACUGAACUUUGUUUGGUGGCUUGGUGUUCGUGUGCACUCUUUUCAAUUUGUAGCAAUUUCUGGAGGAGGCUGAAAUGUCCUUUUUAUACUAUAUUAACCGUACCUGGUGCCUAAUCUGAAAA